UCUAAUCCUCCUUUGUCUAGUUUCUGGCUUAAAGAGUUGAGGUCUUUAAGACUUCCCCCCUCAAAUUUAAUGGUUUGUGUUUAUUUUAUGAGUUCUUAGGUUGGGUUUCUGUUAAUUAGUUUCCUCAUAAAUGUCUUUGUUUGACUUUGGUUUUCUGAAAAUUAGAUGUGCUGAUGCUUUCCUUUCAUUUACGGAAUGGAAGUGGGUUAGGGUCUGAGUAAGUCUUUAUCUAAGAAGAUUUUGUUAAUGCUUUUUAUACUUGGUUGGAAUAUUUUAAUCUUAUUCCAUCUUCAUGAGUUCAAGAAACGUUUAAAGGUUUCACUCUUUUAUAUGUGAUGCGAAACUCUUGUUCUUUAAUAUCAUGAAUUUUUUUGAUAUCAGAGAUGGGGUACCUCAUCACUCAUUUCAUAAGAGCAGAAAUGAAUACAAAGAUCAAAAAGAGCUUAUUUGUUUGGCGCAUAAAAAGAGGUUUAAUAUCAUGAACUGUAUAGUUCAUUAUAUUUUUGACCAAAAUUCUUCUAUCUACUUUAUGGGUUCUUGCUGUUGUUGUUUCUUGUUUUAUGAAGAUGGAACUCAUGGUUCCAUUGAGUUUUGUCCCAAUGCAAGAAAAAUAUUGAAUCAAAAGUAAUGAGUUUUAUGAAUUGGCAGGAACAGUGAGUUGUGGCAGAAACAUUGUGUUUUUAUUCCCUGCUUCAAUCCUUUGCACAGGGUACCAGAAAAUUUUUGAGGAGGUAGUGGUACUCAAAUUGGUGAAAGACGCCUUUGUUUUUAAACGAGGUUGGGUUUUUGCUUCCCAAGUUCUUCUGCAGCCAUGCCUAUAAGACAGAUGAAGGAGAGCUCAGAGCAGCACCUUGUGGUCAAGGCCCAAGCUAAUAACCCCAUGAACCAAGUUCAGAAGGCUUCUAAAACCUCUCAGAAUGGCAAAGGCCUACCACCUCAGGAACCACCCCAGAAUGCAAAGCAGCCAAGCCACAACCCAUCUCCUGCUAAGAAUAGAAGCAGAAGACGAGGUCGAGGAGUGCCAAGGGCUGGGCAAGGCGACACUCUAUCCGGCUUGAAGUCACCAACCACAUACCAGAUUCCAACUGGGUGUUUGGAGAAUGCAAGUCAUUUGGGUGAACCAGAGAGGGGUUUCCCUUCUUCAAGUAAAUCUCUGGGGUUUCCUCCAAGGCCUGGGCUUGGUCAAGCAGGGACUAGAUGUAUAGUAAAAGCUAACCAUUUUUUUGCUGAGCUACCAGACAAGGAUCUAAUCCACUAUGAUGUGAACAUAACACCAGAGGUGGCAUCAAAAACUGUGAACAGAAGUAUCAUAGCAGAGCUGGUGAAACUAUACAGGGAAUCUGAUCUUGGGAUGAGGUUGCCUGCGUAUGAUGGCAGGAAGAGUCUGUAUACAGCUGGAGAGCUCCCUUUCUCUUACAGGGAGUUCAACAUCAAGCUUGUGGAUGAAGAAGUGGGAAUUAAUGGCCCCAGCAGAAGGGAGAGAGAAUAUAAGGUGGCAAUUAAGUUUGUUGCCAGAGCAAACUUGCACCACCUUGGCCAAUUUUUGGUAGGCAAACGUGCAGAUGCUCCACAGGAAGUUCUUCAAGUUCUGGACAUUGUUCUGAGGGAACUUUCGAGUAAAAGGUACUAUCUUGUUGGAAGAUCUUUCUUCUCUCCUGAAAUUAAGACACCACAAAGGCUCGGUGAUGGUUUGGAGUCAUGGCAUGGGUUUUACCAGAGUAUAAGGCCUACCCAGAUGGGGUUAUCCCUAAAUAUUGACAUGUCUACAGCAGCAUUUAUCGAGCCUCUGCCUGUACUUGAGUUUGUGGCUCAGCUCCUGGGAAAGGAUGCAUUAUUGAGGCCCUUUUCUGAUUCCAAUCAUGUUAAGGUUAAGAAAGCACUUAGAGGAGUCAAAGUUGAAGUAACACAUAGAGGACAUGUGCGACGGAAGUACCGGAUAUCUGGAUUAACAUCGCAACCUACUAGAGAACUCAUGUUUCCAGUUGAUGACCAAUGCAUGAAGUCGGUCGUUGAAUACUUCAAGGACAUGUAUGGAUUCACCAUCCAAUAUACCCAUCUUCCUUGCCUUCAAGUGGGAAACCAGAAAAAGGCUAACUAUUUGCCAAUGGAGGCUUGUAAGAUUUUGGGAGGGCAAAGGUACACCAAAAGGCUAAAUGAAAAGCAAAUCACUGCUCUGCUGAAAGUCCAAUGCCAAAGGCCGAAGGAUAGACAGAGUGACAUUUUGCAGACAGUUCAACAUAAUGCCUACAAUCGAGAUCUGUAUGCAAAGGAGUUUGGGAUCAAAAUCAGUGAGAAGCUAGUUUCUGUUGAGGCUCGAGUUCUUCCUGCACCUUGGUUGAAAUAUCAUGACACUGGGAAGGAGAAAGAUUGUUUGCCUUAUGUUGGUCAGUGGAAUAUGAUGAACAAGAAAAUGAUAAAUGGAAGCAAGGUAACUCGGUGGGCAUGCAUUAACUUUUCCUGUGUUGUCCAAGAGAGUGUAGCACGCAAUUUUUGCAAGGAACUGGCUCAAAUGUGUCAAGUCUCAGGCAUGGAAUUCAAUCCUGAACCUCUAAUUCCAAUAUAUUCAGCCAGGCCUGAACAUGUUGAGAAGGCUCUGAAGCAUGUCUAUCAUGCAUCAAUGAAUCUCAAAGGGAAGGAAUUGGAGUUACUAGUAGCUAUUUUGCCUAACAAUAAUGGCUCUUUGUAUGGGGAUCUCAAGCGGAUCUGUGAGACAGAUCUGGGGUUAAUAUCACAAUGCUGUCUCACAAAGCAUGUUUUCAGGAUCAGUAAACAGUAUCUUGCCAAUGUCUCCCUGAAAAUCAAUGUAAAGACGGGAGGAAGAAAUACUGUUCUUAUGGAUGCAAUCAGUUGGAGAAUACCAUUAGUCAGUGAUACACCUACUAUAAUAUUUGGAGCAGACGUGACUCACCCAGAAAAUGGAGAAGACUCCAGCCCUUCAAUUGCUGCUGUAGUAGCUUCUCAGGACUGGCCUGAAAUUACAAAAUAUGCCGGCCUGGUUUGUGCUCAGGCACAUCGGCAGGAACUUAUACAAGAUUUAUGUAAGACAUGGCAUGAUCCUGUCCGGGGCACAGUUAGUGGAGGCAUGAUUCGGGAUCUCUUAAUAUCCUUUCGGAAGGCUACCGGGCAAAAGCCAUUGAGGAUCAUAUUUUACAGGGAUGGUGUGAGUGAAGGGCAGUUUUACCAAGUUUUGCUCUAUGAGCUAGAUGCAAUCCGGAAGGCUUGUGCCUCCCUAGAACCAAAUUAUCAACCACCAGUGACUUUCAUUGUGGUCCAAAAAAGGCAUCAUACAAGACUCUUUGCCAACAAUCACAAGGAUCGAGCUAGCACUGACAAGAGUGGAAAUAUUUUACCCGGCACUGUGGUUGAUUCUAAAAUCUGUCAUCCAACAGAGUUUGACUUCUAUUUAUGUAGCCACGCUGGAAUUCAGGGGACAAGUAGGCCCGCACAUUACCAUGUUCUAUGGGAUGAAAACAAUUUUACAGCAGAUGGAUUGCAGUCUCUAACAAACAAUCUAUGUUACACAUAUGCAAGGUGCACACGAUCGGUCUCUGUGGUUCCUCCGGUGUACUAUGCACACUUAGCGGCCUUCCGAGCUCGAUUCUAUGUGGAGCCUGAUUCCCAAGAGAAUGGUGCAGCAAGCAGUGGCGUACAGAUCACAUGUGCAGCUGGAGAAUCUGCAGUUAGGCCGCUGCCAGCACUCAAGGAGAAUGUGAAGAAGGUGAUGUUCUACUGUUAAAGCUUUUCAAAGUAUUAGGAUUUAGGUCAUGUAUAGAGGAACAAUGGCCUCAUUGCCUACGGUCGCUCUAUGUAGCAUAGAGUGGCACUUCUUGUAUGAUGGUGUGUCAAGUUGAGUAUUCCAUUUUGAAUCAGUGAAAGGCCUUUAGUUCUUGUGCU